UGAUUCGUUGUCUGAAUCUUGUUCGCAUGCAAAAAUGGCGCUGUAGAUUUUACCCUGAGCCGCUGAUCCUAGCGGCUUGGAGUGUGACCGAAGGAACUCCAUAGCCUCCAUCCUCCUCGCAGCUCUCCAAUUCAGCUCCUUCAACCAUGGGGUCUUGGAAGAUGACCUCAUCCCUUAUCUUCUGCCUUUCCAUCUUUGCUUUGUUCCCUCCCUCCUUGCCUUCCCAAGUCUUGCGCUCCUCCCAUUCUCACAAGGUUUCUGUGGGUUUAUACUAUGAAAGCUUGUGCCCUUACAGUGCUAAUUUCAUCGUCAAUUACCUGGUCAAGCUCUUCGAUGACGACCUUAUCUCCAUCGUCGAUCUCAAGCUCGUUCCAUGGGGUAAUGCCAAGCUCAGGGGAAACAACACCUUUGAUUGUCAGCAUGGCCCAUAUGAGUGCUUACUGAACACCGUGGAAGCGUGCGCAAUUGAUAUAUGGCCUGACCUGGAUGAACAUUUUCCUUUCAUAUAUUGUGUUGAGGCUUUAGUGUAUGACUUAAAGUACCGAGAAUGGGAAUCAUGUUUUCAGAAAUUGGAUCUGGAUCCAAAACCUAUUGAUAAAUGCUAUACCAGCAAAUAUGGAAAGGAGCUGGAGCUUAAGUAUGCAGCUGAAACGAAUGCUCUGCAGCCUCCUCAUAAGUAUGUUCCAUGGGUAGUUGUGGAUGGAGAACCACUAUAUGAGGAUUAUGAAAACUUUAUAAGCUAUAUUUGUAAAGCUUAUAAAGGCACUGAUAUACCCAAAAGUUGCAGCCAAGUAUUAUUUGAUGCUAAUCAAAUGAUGGAUACGAAGUCUAAGCAUUCAGUUUGUGAUGAGGAAUCAGUGAUGCCUAACUUAUGGGAACUACUAAGGUCUACCGUUACAUCAUGGAUGACUCGGAUGAACAUGCCAGGAGCAGCAUAGAUUGGCCAAUCUAUUAGCCAAAUUAGUUUUUAAGCCAGUUUUAACUAAUCUGGUACACGUGUCAAGUAAGAGCAAGUGGGGGUCUUAUACUGAGCUCUAUAUGAUAUAACUCUGAAGUCAUUACAAUAACAAGAUUGGAUUAGGGAGCUAUCAUUUCUCUCUAACCCCAUUCUCUAGCACAAUCCUGUUUGAUUUCUAAGUGGUUUGCUGUAGUAGAACUUGUGAUGGGUUAGUACUCGAUCUUCAAACUAUUGUAGUGUCUGUCAAUACAACUAGUAAGUGCCAUCUCAGAGUGGAAGUGGAAGACUAAAGAUGAUGCAGACUACAUGAUCAAAGCAGAACACGGCCAAGAGAUUUGACUAUAUAUCAUGUUGUUUAUGUUGGAAAAAUGUCUACUGGUUUGGCUUGUUGGGAGUCAAUUCAUUCGAAGUCCCCAGCGCCAUCCUAGUGAGGAAAUCUCCACUCCUUUUAAAAAAAAAAAAAAAAAACAAUCAAUCUCUGCCUCGAACUACUUGAUUUAUUUAUCUACGGACACGAGUGUUGGCAGAAAAAAA